AUGGCCACUGUGAAGCUCAGCAAGAGGAUCACGGACAAGAUCCGGUCUCUGAACGAGACAGGGAUCUUUGCAACCGAGCUCCGCUUGGGGGGCGUCGCGCGCCAUCUUUCCCAGAUACCGCUUGAAUCAGCCCUGGAAGUCCUCGAGGCAGCCCCAGCUGAAGCCCAACAGGACCCGACCACCUUCGUCAUCUCCGCCGCUCAGGCACUGCUAGCACCCCCCGAGCCAGAGGAGCCACCCGAGCCAGCGGAGCCAGAGGAUGCUGGAGAGGAGGCUCAGGAUGCAGGGUAUACAGAGGAGAAUGCUUGGGAGACUGCCGGGGAGGAUGCUGGAUUUGGGGAGGAUUCAGGCGAAGCCGUGGCAGAAGACAACGAUGCCGACUGGCAAGACUGGCAUGAGGGCGGCGAGCCCGAGGAGGAUGAGCUGGAAGCCCCUGAGCUUCUGCCAUCGGUCAGUCAAAGAAUCCUCCGGCUGAACAAGUCCGGCAAGUUGUGCUCGGCGAUUGAUGUGCAAAAAGUAGGCCGUAAUCUGAACCGGCUCUCCGAACCGAUCGCGAUGCAGCUGCUCAAGGACGUUGAAGCCAACGCAGACAUGGUCGACAAGCCUAACAAUCUCAUAGCGGAUGCUUCAAGGAAGAUCUUCGAAAGUGGCCAUGGCGACGUUGGGAGGAAGGUCGCUGAGCAGAUCGGAUUUCUGAUGAGGCGAAUCCGGUGGGUGAACUCGAACAUUUCUUUGGCCUUUCCCCUGCACAUGGGGCAUGCGCUUUCCGUCCUGCAGGAGAUGGAGCACCGAGAUGCGCUGCAGGUUUUGAAGAAGCUUGUGGAGCAAAGUGAAGAGAUUGCAAGUCCUCAGGGGUUUCUGCGACGAGAAGCCAGAAACAUACAAGAGGCAAAAAAAGGCUGGAAAGACAACAGCAAAGCAAAUUGGAGUGGAACAUAUGGAAAGCAGGACAAAAGUUGGGGUGAGAAUGGAAAAAGCUCCCGGACCUGGCAGUCAGACCAAACUGCAGGCCACGCCCAAGCCAAGAGCAAAUGGGAAAGCAAAGGAAAAGCUGGCAAAGCUGGCAAAGCUGGCAACGCGGGCAGCGCCGGCAAAGCUGGCAGCGCCGGCAAAGCUGGCAAGCCCAGCAUGGGGAACGGUGCAGUGAGGCUCACCGCCUCGGAACAGAAGGUGGCCAGAACUGUGGGUUUCCUCAACAAGCACGCAGGACUCCUACAGAAUUUCAGCUACGAGCAGGCAAAGCCUCAGCUGGACCUGGUAGACGAGAAGACGCAGCUGAAGGUGCUUGAGCGGCUGAAGAGCGAGGCAGCCAAUGUUGCAGAUCCGCUGGGGUGGGUCAAGUCGACCUGCCGCAAAUUUGCGAAGCAGCACCAGGAGUUUGCCAAGCGGAAGCGGGGGGGCCACAAGGGUGCUAAGGGCACUGGCAAAGGCGCUGGUGCUGGAAAGGGAACACGGCCCAGCAAGAAGCAAAAGACCGGCCAGGAAAGCUGGGUGGAGGAGUGGGCAGAAACAGAGGCAGCUGCAGAGGACGAGGAGUUCGAGUUCGACUGGUCGCAGAUCGAGGCCGAGGAUGGUGGCGAAGAAGCGGAGGAAAACCUUUGGGAUGAGCAAGGCUGA